AUGCACUCCCAGCUGGAUAUCAUCAUGAGUGCCCUUGGGAGCGACCCCGCCGUGUUUGCCAUCCAGUUGGAGGUGUACGCCACUCAUGUCAAUACGAUCCCGUCUAAUCAGCACAAGCUGACUCAGAGUUUGGCCAAGUUGGAGGAAUACAUCAGGGAGCUGGAGGAAUGCGCCAGAGAGCUGAAGGGUUCGGAUGAAGAUUUUCCCUCCGAGGAGGAAGAUAAGGUCGUGCAUAGCAUCUCAACAGGUGCCUUCGACCUCAGUGUGGGUUCCCGCAGUGGUGGGGAUGAAGGGCUCGAUUUCGACGGGCAGGAUUAG